UCCAUCUCAUUUAGAGUAUCUUAUCCUACCAAACAAAUACCUUCGUCGAAUAACAUAUUUCCUCUGGUUGUUUCCCACCUGUUAUGUCCAAAUCGAGUAUACUCUGGAUUUUAAUCUGAGUUUUUUUUUUUCUGUUUUUCCCAAGUUCUUCAGUUCCAUCUUCCGUAACUGAGUUUCAAUUAAGCUUUCAAAGGUCCAAUUAAUCAUCACCCAUGUACCGCCAUGUCUUCCUCGAUAGAUACUCUGAUCAAAGCUAUGUCGCUAGAAGAAGCUGAUGAACCCUUCAUCUUGCCGGACCUUCCUCAGUUCUCAUCAAGAGAUACCAAUUCAAUGAGUCUGAUGGGAAGACUUCUUAAUCCCGACUGUCAAAACGUAUCAGAUAUUGUCCUUGAUAUGCCAAGGAAGUGGCUCAUCUAUGAUCACGUUAGGGGAGUUGCUCUCUCGAGAGAUAAGUUCCAAUUCAUCUUCAAAUAUGAACAGGAUUUGGAAAAGAUUCUCAAUUUGGGAGCGCAUACGUAUAAUCAAUGGUCUCUUCUGCUACAAAGGUGGGUUGAAAUACCUCCACCGAAUUAUCUUCAAUCAACUCAGAUUUGGGUACAAAUUCGCAAUAUCCCUGUUAAUCACCAUACGAAGGAAGUGAUUACGGUCUUCACAGAGUUCGCAGGUCCAGUCAUCCAAGUAGAGUAUGAUCCUUCCAUAUCUCAGAAUAAGGACUUUGUGAGGGCUGAGAUUCUCUUUGAUGUCUCGAAAUCCCUUCGGAGAUCCAAAGUAAUCAAUCUCCCGUCUGGUGAAGCAAUUACAAUUGUUUACGACUAUGAAAGGAUCCAGAAGAGAUGCUACUUCUGCCAACGUCUCACACACGAACGUGAAAAGUGUCCUCUGUUCUUACAAAAGCAAAAAGAGCUCAAAGGGAAAGAUAAACUUAACCUGGUUCAUGACAGGUCUAUGGUUCUAUCCUCCUUCAACUUUCCAGAUAUGAUUAUGCAAGUAGAAUCGGUAACUGAUCCUCUACUCGAAAAGAUUAACACUCCAACCUUGCCUUAUCUACUUGCAUAAUCAAAUGAAAAUCCACUUGAACCUCUUGACAAGAGAUGUCCAGCAGAAGAAGAAGUAUUUUGUUCUGAGAAUCUUACUUCACAUACCUCCUCGCAUACGACUACAAAUCAAUUACCUGAAGCGGAUAACCUUUUUGAAGUCCCAAUGGAAUCUUCGUAUGUUUUUGAUGUUGUUAACUCUGAAGCGGGAACCUCUGGGACAUCAAAGACAAAUUCCAACUAUAAAAGGAUCUCCUCGAAGCCAGCAAGAAUUAAACGAGUUGAUUUUUACUUCUUAAACCUACAGUUUGGAUAGGAUUUGUAGUUUUUUAAGAUUAUUCCAACCCUAUACUUCUCGUUUCUUAACCCUCUUCAAGGUGUCCCUUUGAACCGAUUAAUCCCAACCCUUUCAACAAUCACCGUAAUCAGGAACAACAAAUAAGAGAUGAAGAGUUUGAAGCAGCAGAACCGGACCUUAUUUUACAACCAUCAAGCCCAGUCGCUCAAGUUCCGGUCAUCAAUGAGGCGAUACAACAGAACCAGAAAGCUCAACCUAAGAGGAAUUCAGGUCCUUACUUUGCUCUAGCUUUUCCUCAUUUUGAACUCUCUGGUAAAGAAGAAUCGACAAGAUCGAAUUCAGAUGGAGGUAAACGUCCCAAAAUCCAAACUAAUUUCGAAACAGGAGAAUGCUCAAAAAGAAGAUUGGACAUUAAUCCUACGAAAGAACUCCCUAUGAAGAAACGUUCAAGCUUACCAGAUCAUGGAAAAAAGGUUAAUCAUGAACCUCCAAACCCCCUUUGAUCACUCUACCAAGUUCUUUCAAGAUACUCUUUUUGUUGUAAUUAGUUCACAAUCAGUUUAGGCAUGAUGGCCAUUAGGUACUGUUUUUUGAUGAUGCGCAUAGCUAUGUUCACGGAAUAGGAAGGCUAUGCACAUACUAGUGGAUGACAAUGUUAAAUUAGGCUCUCCUUACCCUUCUUUUGUUCAAACAGGAUGUCAUCUAUACUCUGUAA